AUGGGUCGAAAGAAAGUCCCACCCUCCGCGCUCGCCAAGGCGCUCGCGAAGCUCCCGAUCGACGACGCGAAGAAGCUCCUCGCGGUCGCCGCGAGGACGGCGAGAGCGCGAUCGAGAACCAUCGUCGCGCUCGGAUCCUCGCACCUCGCGCGCGUCUCGAGAUGGGUCGACGCGCAGGACGCGGUCACGCUCGCACUUUGCGCGCUCGCGUGCGUCUUCACGUACCUCGCCGCGUCGUACGUCUCCGCGGCGCUCGUGCCGAAGGUGGACGUCGCGCUCACCGACGAGGAGCGCAGAGGCGGGUACGACGCCCCCGGCGGUAAAUCGCAAAAAUGGAAGCGCGGCGCGCCCUUCCCGAAGGAUCGCAUCCCGUGCUACGACCCGGGGACGAUGGAGAUGCUCGGGCCGGACAUGCCCGCGAUGAGCGCGGCGGACGUCAAGGCGGCGAUCGCGAAAGCGCGAAUCGCGCAGAAGCAGUGGGCGACGUCCUCGUUCGCGAAGCGCCGAUCGCUGCUCCGCGUGAUCCAGCGAUUCGUGCUCGAAAACCAAGACGAAAUCUGCGAAGUCUCAGGCGCCGGGAAGCCGCUCGUCGACGCCGCGUUCGGCGAGAUCCUGACCACGAUGGAGAAGAUCAAGUGGCUCUUGAAAGAGGGCGAGCGGUGGCUCAGACCGGAGAAGCGCGGCGCGGGCUUGAUGAUGUUCUACAAGUCCGCGCGCGUGGAGUACCGCCCCGUCGGCGUCAUGGGCGCCAUCGUCCCGUGGAAUUACCCGUUCCACAACGUCUUUAACCCGCUCCUCGCGAACGUUUUCGCGGGCAACGCGCUCGUGGUCAAAGUCUCCGAGCACGCGUCGUGGAGCAGCAAGUACUACGGCAGGGCGAUCAAGGCGUGCCUCGCCGCGGUCGGCGCGCCGACAGACCUCGUUCAGAUCGUUCACGGCUACGCCGAAGCCGGCGGCGCCGUCGUCACCGGCGGCUGCGACAAGGUCGUCUUCGUCGGAAGCACCGGCGUCGGUCGAGCGGUGAUGCGCGCGGCCGCGGAGACGCUCACCCCCGUGGUGCUCGAGCUUGGGGGUAAAGACCCGUUCAUCGUGCUCCAAGACGCGGACUUGAGCCAGUGCGUCCCGAUGGCGUUGCGCGGCGCGUUUCAAUCGUGCGGCCAAAACUGCGCCGGCGCGGAGCGUUUCUACGUCCACGCGAAGAAGUACGACGAGUUCGUUAAGCGCGUCGUCGCCGCGGCGUCCAAGUGCCGCCAAGGCUGGGCCCUCGCCCCCAACGUCGACUGCGGCGCGAUGUGCAUGCCCAACCAGGCGGCGUACGUCCAGUCCCUCGUCGACGACGCCGUCGCGAAGGGCGCGACGGCGGCGGUUGGCGGCGCGAUGGACGCCGACGCCGCCGGGCAGGCGCGUCCUAUCUCACACUGGUCCCCAUACGACCGCUUCUACCCGCCCACGGUCCUCGUCGGCGUGACGCACGAGAUGCGGAUCAUGAGGGAGGAGGUCUUCGGCCCCGUGCUCGCGAUCGUGAAGAUUCACAGCGACGACGAGGCCGUGGCGCUCGCGAACGACUGCGAUUUCGGGCUCGGGUCCAACGUGUUCGGAUCGAGGAAGCGGGCGCUUCGCGUGGGCGCGAAAUUAAACGCGGGGAUGACGACCGUGAACGACUUCUGCGCGACGUACAUGGCGCAGUCGCUGCCGUUCGGCGGCGUGAAGGAGUCCGGGUUCGACCGCUUCGGCGGCGUGGAGGGGCUUCGCGGGUGCUGCCACGUGAAGUCCGUCGUCGUCGACGGCGUUCCCGGGAUCCGCACGGACAUCCCGCGGCCGCUUCAGGCGCGUUCUAUACACUGGUUCCCAUACGACCCCGUCGGCGUGGUGCACGCCGAUCCUUAA